AUGGCCUCGGCAGCGCGCAUGUGGGCGUCGGCUCUGAUGGUGGUUCUCGCGGUGCUGUCGCUGGCCGCCAGCGGCAGCGCGCAGCUACGGUACGGGUUCUACAAAGGCAAGUGCAACGCCAGCGACGUGGAGGCGGUGGUACAGGGCAUCGUCAAGGCCCGCUUCGCCCGCGAGGCCCCCAUCGUCGCCUACCUCCUCCGCUUGCAGUUCCACGAGUGUGCCGUCAAUGGGUGCGACGGCGGUCUACUAAUCGACGGCCCCGGCACGGAGAAGACGGCGGGACCGAACCUGAGCGUCAAGGGCUACGACCUCAUCGCGGCCAUCAAGGCGGAGCUGGAGCGGCGGUGCCCCGGCGUGGUGUCCUGCUCCGACAUCGAGAUCCUCGCCACCCGGGACGCCGUGGCGCUGGCCGGCGGGCCGGCGUACGCCGUGCGCACGGGGCGCAGGGACCGCCGGCAGUCUCGGGCCUCCGACGUCAAGCUCCCGGCGGCCGACUACACGGCGGCGCAGGCGGUCGCGUAUUUCUCCAGGCUGGGGAUGACCGCGUACGAGACGGUGGUGCUUCUGGGCGCGCACACCGUGGGUGCCACGCACUGCAGCGCCAUCAAGAACAGCCGGCUGUACGGGUACGGCGGCAAGCCCGGCGCCACCGACCCCAGAAUGGACCCGGCCACCGCGUCGGUGUACAAGAAGUGGGUGUGCCCGAACGUGUCGUCGUCGGACGGCAACGCCGUGUUCCUGGACGACCAGUGGAGCGCCCUGAAGGUGGACAACCACUACUACAAGAACCUGCAGCUCCACCGUGGCGUGCUCCCGUGCGACCAGAACCUGUACAGCGACGGCUCCACGAGGUGGAUCAUCGAUCAGCUGGCCAGCAACAGCGGACUCUUCCAGUCGGCGUUCGGGCAGGUGCUCGUGAAGCUCAGCGAGGUCAACGUGCUCACCGGCGCACAGGGCGAGAUCCGCAAGGUCUGCAACAAGUUCAACUGAUGACGACAUCUGAUCAUUCCGUCUUCACCUCGUGGAUCGUGUCAUCCAAAAUGUUUUCUUCCUUUUUAAUCUGGUUUGAUCAAAUUUAGUUGAUUUUGAUGUGGUUUUCAUUCAUUUUAUUUCAUUCAUUUCAAUCGGUUUUUGUAAUAACAUACACGUUGU